AUAUAAAAGGAGUUCCAGAGAGACUGGAAAUAUACUACAGCUUGCUUCCUUCGAUUCGACAUCAAAUAUGAAGUCCUGUGUUCUAAUUUUAGCAGUUGCCCUUGCAACCGCUCAGCAGUUCGACCAGAGACGUGAACUCAGCACAGCCGUCAGACUUGCUGGUCCUGGAUUCUUCCAGCAAGGAGCCUCUUUUGCUGGUCGUUCCUCAUUCGACAACAACGACUUCGACCAGCAGACAAGAUCUUUCUCCACUUUCGACAACAACAACUUCCAGAACCAGAACAAUAAUUUCCAGUCAACCUCUUUUGCUGGAGACAGGAACUUUGGAUCGUCCCAGUCUUUCCAGAACGAUAACCAGUUCCAGUUUGGAACAGCAUCUUUCCAGGGGAAUCAACAAAACCGAUUUGUUUCAUUGGAUUCCAGUAACCAGAAUCAGUUCCAGAACCGUCAAUUUCAGCAGAAUCAACAAAACGCACUUUCCUCCAACGAUUUUCAGCAAAAUAGGAAUAACCAAUUCCAGUCUAUUAGUUCCACAAGUAAUUUCCCCCAGAACCGUUUCCAGGAUACAUUUAACCAGCAAAAUUCCCAGAACCAGUUCCAGACUUCUUUUGACAGAGAAAACUCCAGGAAUAGAAUUACAUUGCUGGAUAAUGUCCAGCUAACUCCCUCUGCUCGUUUCCAGAGUGCCUCUGGACAGCAGUCUUCUGGAAUCUCCUUCCAGACUAACAAAAACCAGCAGAACCAAUUCCAGCAGUCAAACCUUAACCAGAGAAACUUUGAAAGCAACUUCCGUUCAAAUAACAACAACCGAUUCUCCAGUGGAAGUCAGUCUCAGUCUGGCGCUCUCUUCCGAUCAGGUUCUUCUUCCAGCGAAUUUAAUGGAGAAUUUGACGGUGUUUUCGAACCCUUGAACCUUCCCUCUGGAGCCAGUGCUUUGCUUGGAAGCAUCUCCACUUCCUUCAGCUGUGCUGACAGACCUUAUGGAUACUACGCUGACCAGCAGAACUCAUGUCGUGUCUUCCACAUCUGCAAUCCUUAUCUCUUCUCCGAUGGACAAGUUCAGACUUACCAGUACAGCUUCAUGUGCGGCGAGGGCACCAUCUUUGACCAGAACGAGAUGACCUGCAAGGCAGAGUUCGAUGCAACACCCUGCCAGGAGGCCCAGAACUUCUACUUCAGGAACGAACAAUUUGGUCGCCCAGAGGAAAAGUCUUUCAGUCGACACACUGACUCCUUUGUAUCAGCACCAACCAUGAAGCUCCUCCUACUUUCUCUUGCAGUUGCUCUCGCAGCUGGACAACAGUUCCAGCAGAGUCUGCAAUUCAAUCCAGCUGUCAGGCUUGCUGGUCCAGGAUUCUUCCAGCAAGGAAGCACAUUGAGUUCUGGACCCAGCUCUGGCGCUGCCAACAGAAACAGUCAAUUCCAGAAUCGGGGAUCUAAUAUUCAGCUCAAGUCUCCCUCAAGUAACAGAAACUCUGAGUCAUUUGCAAGGAUCCAGAAUGAUAAUCAGUUUCAGUCUGGAAGGACAACUUUCCAGCAGAACCAGAAAAACACUUUGAAUUCUCUUGUCACGGGCAACCAGCAAAAUAUAUUCUCAUCCACUGGUGCAUUCCAGCAAGCCGGGGGCAACCAGAUUCAGUCUACCAGCAGUGUAAGCACGUCUCAGAUCAACGAUGGUCUCAGAUUUGAUUUGAACCAAAGAAAUCAGCCUCAAACUCUUUCUGAUAACCAACAGGACUCAAGAAGAAACCGCCUCACAUCAUUCAGCGUCCAGCUGACCCCCUCACUUCGCUUCCAGGAUCAGCAGGUAACUGGAACUUCCUUCCAGUCCAACAGGAAUCAGCAGAAUGCUGAUGGUCAAUUGCAGCAAACUAGCUUCACUGGAACAAGGUUCGUAAACAACAACAACAACGACAAUAACAACAUCCAGUUCAACACCAACAGCCAGGUGUCAUCCACAAGCCAAUCGCAGUCCAGCAACAGACAGCAGCUGAACGCGGCUUCCUCCCUCAGCCAGUUCACUGACGAGGUCAACGGCGUCUUCGAGCCUUUGAACCUGCCGUCGGGCGCCACCCUUUUGCUGGGCAGGAUCUCAUCCUCCUUCAGCUGCGCCGACAGACCUUAUGGUUACUACGCUGACCAAGAGAACUCGUGUCGUGUGUUCCACGUCUGCAACCCUGCUCUGUUCUCUGACGGCAAGAUCGAGACCUACCAGUACAGCUUCAUGUGCGGCGAAGGCACGGUCUUCGACCAAGACGACAUGACCUGCAAAGUGGAGUACGACGCAACACCUUGCCAGGAGUCCCAGAACUUCUACUUCAGAAACGAACAGUUUGGUCUCCCGCAGGAGAAGAAUCCCUGAAGGUUUUCACAGGCAAUGACGACAGGCAUCCGCGUUCCAAGUAUAACAAGUAUAAACCAAAAGCAAGUGGGUUAUGAUAGAAAUGAUUAAGUGGUGGAGGACGUCUAAAGUGCUAUUUUAUGAGCUACUCCGGUAGUUUUUCAUAUGGGCUGAAUUCCGAGGAGGCAAUUAAGAACAAAACCCUCAAGAAGCAGUAACUGAUCAUCUCGACAUAACAUCAAAG